CUGUAAGUAGUUGUAAGUUUAUAAACAGAAUCACCCACCAUUCUUUCUUGUUCUUCCUCCAAAAAGUUGAAGAAAAUGGGAAGAUCACCAUGCUGUGACAAGGUGGGAUUGAAGAAAGGUCCAUGGACUCCUGAUGAAGAUCAGAAGCUCAUGGCUUAUAUUCAAGAACAUGGCCAUGGAAGCUGGAGAUCUUUGCCUUCUAAGGCUGGGCUGCAAAGAUGUGGGAAGAGUUGCAGAUUAAGAUGGAUAAACUAUCUUAGACCUGAUAUUAAGAGAGGAAAAUUCAGUCUUCAAGAAGAACAGACCAUUAUUCAGCUUCAUGCUCUUUUGGGUAACAGGUGGUCGGCCAUAGCUACUCAUUUAUCAAAGAGAACCGACAAUGAAAUCAAAAACUAUUGGAAUACCCAUCUUAAAAAACGGCUAAUUAAAAUGGGAAUUGAUCCAAUGAGUCACAAGCCGAAAAACGAUACUAUUUUGUCCAAAAGUGGUUGCUUGAAGAUCACAACCAAUUUGAGUCACAUGGCUCAGUGGGAGAGUGCCAGGCUCGAAGCUGAAGCUAGAUUGGUGAAGCAAUCUAAGAUUCAGUCAAUGAGCCUGAACCCACUCCCUAUGCAAUUGAACUCGAGUGCGUGUUCAAUGACCUCAACAAUUGGGCCACCUUCUGAGUACCUUGAUCUAGAUAAGGAUAUUGUACAUGAAAAAGGUAAUGAAGUCUGGGAAUAAAAUAUUGAGAAUGAAAUGGAGAAGUUUGAUGACUUGACCAUACCGGCCAUAGAUAACACAUGGACGACUCAACCAUUACAGACAAGCAACAAUGACGAUGAUCAUGUCUCGAAUUGCGAUUUCUUGGAGCAUUUUACUGAUCUUUUGCUUCGUAGUUCAAACUUUAAUGACCAUUGCGGUUAUACUAAAGGCGACAAUUCUAAUAUUGGUCUUAUUUGUGGUGAAAAACUGAUCGAGCCUACUGAAAAUGUCAAGGAUUCUUACGACGAAAACAACAAGAUUUAGCGAGAAUAACAUUCUUCUUAUGAUGAAUUCUUCGCCAUCUAAUUCUCUUAUGUUUUAGGGAAACAACUCUAUAGUCUCUACCAUUGUGUUCAUGUUUUUUCCUGAUUUUUCAAAAGUUGUAAAAUGGUUGCAAAUGUGUAUUGUAAUAUGCAAGUUGAUUUGUAGUGCUUA